UAUACCACAGGAUUUAUGAAUCACAUCACUAUGGUGUCUACCCGUGGAGUGAGAGUUAAGUUCAGUGAAGGAGAGAGAGUGCUGUGCUAUGAACCUGAUCCCACCAAGGCUAAAGUAUUGUAUGACUCAAAAGUCCUUGAAGUAGUAUUUAACAAAGAUAACAAAGGCCGGAAGCAAGUUGAAUAUUUGAUCCACUUUCAGGGAUGGAAUGCAUCAUGGGAUCGUUGUGUCUCUGAAGACUUGGUUCUCAAAGACACAGAGGAGAAUAGGGAGCUGCAACGCCAGCUGGCAGACAAAGCCCAUAUCAAAUUUAAAGACAGGAAGCGCAAGAGACGGCUCUCGGAAACAAUACGAGAAACAAUCGAGAGAGAAAAACGAAAACGAGAACAGCAGGAAGAAUCUGAAACAAGCUCUCAGACUGGUACAACGGGCACAGAAGAGGAUGAUCUUGCUUCUGCAACCUCAGAAGUUGAAAGCACCACCGCUGAGGAGGAGGAGGAGGAAGAGGAGGAGAGUGACGAGGAGACAAUAGAGCGCCUCUUCCCCAUCAGCAUCCCAGAGAACCUCAAAUAUGUCUUAGAGAAAGAUCGUCAGAAUAUUAAUGAUAAGGAUAUGCUUCUAGACCUACCAACUGAAAACACAGCCUUGAACCUAUUAGAAAAUUAUGUGAAAUUUUUCGCUGUCCGUUACCUGGCUCGCACAAAAGAAAAAAGGAGAAGCGAGGUCAAAGAGAAGGACAAAACUUUCCUGACCCUGGACUUGUGCAAAGAGGUAAUGGAUGGAAUUCGUAUUUGUUUUGAUUUCCACAUUGAAACACAUCUUUUGUAUGCGAAAGAACGAAGACAAGCGGAGCGUCUAAGGAGUGCGCAGCCACUCUAUGCAAAAAGAUAUUUAGAACCAACAAAAGACUUAUCACUGGCUGUUGAUGAUAAAGAAAACUUUGAGGGCAUGACAAUAAACAAAGAAGAGCCAGAAGUAGAAGAAGGGAAGUCAAAGGUGGAUAAAGCCUCAAAGGAAGAGGAAAGAGCCAAAGAUACACCAGGGCGGCGUCAGCUGCGUUCAAAGAGACCACUUUCUGGGGACUCAAGUAGUACUGAGAAGGAGAAGAACCUUACAAAUUUAGCAUGUGAAUCUGGCCGUAGUACCCCAACUACUGUUACCUCUGGUGCAAGCAUAGCAGGGAUUGGUGGCUUGGCAAGAACAGAUUUCACUUUGCCACUGAGUUAUCGUUCAAUUCAGCCACAUCUACAAGACUGGACAUUGCUCCCAGAGACACACCGAGACCCUCCUCCUCCUUCACUUAUCUAUGGCCCUUUACAUCUACUAAGGCUGUUCGAUGUUGGGAAUACAUUGGAAUUUUUAUCACUGAUGACUAGUUUUUGCAGUUUUUAGAGCAAGUUUAUUUAUAUCACUGAUGGAGUAUCCAUCCUUUCCUGGAAAGAAGAUUGCUUUAGGAUUUACCUAGAUAUUGGGUAUUUUGAUGUAUGUUACAUGCAUUAAAAUGCCAUUAAACAUACAUCUUAUUAACUUCGUAGAAUUACAACAGAUAUGUGAUUGUGUAUCUCCUUAUCAUUUUAUAGACGUGUUUUUAUAAACCUUAAAAUAAUCAGCCUUUUGUUGUUCUUGUAUGAAAAUGUAGAUGAGGAAGAGACUCCUAGAAAUGUUGACUGUUGAUGAUUUGAAUUAAAAGUUAGUUUUAGAAACAGUCUUUUGGUAAACAAAGUUGUUUUGUCAUAGGCUAAUAAACUCAUAAGGAAAUGUAAGUAACUUUUUGCAUUGGCAUUCAUCAGAUUUAGAAAUAACACUAUAGCAACAUGCUGCUGUUAACUGAGACUUUCUUCCAGAUUGUAGUUGUGUGUAUCUGAACAAGUAUUAAAAAUUCUGGAUUAUUUUUUAAUUGUUUUGUUAUUAUUACUGAUAUUAAUUUUGAAUUUACUGUUUUUGUUAUAUUUAUUGAAUAUGGGCCACAGUAUUCUUCAAGUACAUUAUAGUAGACAAGACGAGUGAAUGUUACACAGCUCUUUUUGUAAAAUAAUGAUAUUUAUGUAUGUGAUCCACAAAAUAAAAAUGUUAGUAUUGA